CGUGACGCCCUGGCUGCUGUGGUGUAGCCCCGCCCCUCCCACCGUCAACAACUGGAUUCCAGCUAUUUGUAUUUUCGUCAGCUAGCAUUGCUAGCCCGCUAACGGUGAUUCAUUGCGUUCGCUGAAAAACGACUCAGCCAAACUGAAUGGACAUUUGCUUAUAUUUAUUUGAUUCAAACACACUCCAUCGAUAGCUUGGGCCGAUGUGCAGCCAACGCCAACUAGAGGACCAACGAGAGUGGAGAGAUCGCCUUGUAUACCGUCCUUUAGCCACCUCUUAAACCAGCUAACACAGCUAACACUUUACGUUAGCUGGCUGGCUGACAGCUGAUUCGGUUAGCUACGUGCCUUCUAACAGCAGCGUAGCUCGGACUUAAUCCCUCAAACAAUGAAUUGUCUCUGACACUGAGAGGACUGAGGCCCAGUUGGUUGUCACAUUGGAGUAACCAGAGCCCAUAACUAGCGAGGUGGGUCUUGGUUGACUCUACGGUGGUGCCGUCGAAGAUAAAGUGGGUGAGUCGUAAAUCAACUUGCCGAUGCACCCCUGGUUUUGACCUGCCAGAGCUGCCAAUAUGAUGCCGAUGAUACUGACGGUGUACCUCAGCGAUGGGGAACAGGCUGUGACUGAGGUGCCCAUCACUCCUGAGACGACGUGCCGGGAUGUCGUCGAGUUCUGCAAAGAGCCCGGCGAGAGUGGCUGCCACCUGGCUGAAGUCUGGAGAGGCAACGAGCGAGCGAUUCCCUUCGAACACAUGAUGUACGAACAUCUGCAGAAAUGGGGGCCUCGUAAACAAGAAGUCAAGUUUUUCCUCCGGCAUGAAGACUCACCAACUGAGAGCAGUGAUCAAGGGAGUCAGCAGUCUCAGGAUCAGACAAGCCGCAGAAGUGGAAACACUGGAGAGAAGCACAAUGAGAAUGGGGUGGGGAAUCAGCGUGUGGAGCUCACGCUGUCAGAGCUGCAGGAGAUGGCCACACGGCAGCAGCAGCAGAUCGAGGCUCAGCAGCAGAUGCUCGUUGCGAAGGAGCAACGAUUGCGUUACCUGAAGCAGCAGGAGCGGCGUCAGCAGCAAACUGUUUCAGAGAGCGAGAAGCUGCAGAGGCUGAAGGAUCGCGUGGAGAGCCAGGAGGCAAAGCUCAAGAAGAUUCGGGCAAUGAGAGGCCAGGUGGAUUACAGCAAGGUCAUCAAUGGCAACCUAUCAGCAGAGAUCGAGCAAGUUACCAGCUUGUUCCAAGAGAAGCAGGCUGAGCUCCAGUCUGCAGUGCUGAGGGUGGAGCAGCUCAGCCUGCAGCUGGAGGACCUGAGGAGGGGAAAGCUCAACGGCCUACAGACUGCCCUGGGUGGCCAAGUAACCGGCACCGCAGCCCUCGAGCUCCGUAAACUCUACCAGGAGCUUCAGAUCCGGAACAAGCUGAACCAGGAUCAAAACAGCAAGCUGCAGCAACAAAAGGAGCUUCUUAACAAACGCAACAUGGAAGUGACGCUCAUGGACAAGCGCAUCAGCGAGCUGCGGGAACGUCUUUACAAGAAAAAAGCUGAGGCACGUCAAAAAGAGAACCUUCCUCUGAACAGAGCAAACGGGCCUCCUUCUCCACAACCAGCUCCUGGUACUCUUGGCCGUGUCGCCGCGGUUGGGCCAUACAUCCAAGUCCCCGUACCGGGACGACAGGAAGGUGGCUACACCAUACCACCUGAUCCGCUGAAGCCUCAGACUCUGGGCGUUAAUAACCAAGCCAACCAUGGCCGCACCAAAUCAGACGGUGUGCGAAAGCCUCCCGGCCCUUGGAAAGUGUCUGAUUUAGACAUCGUUGUGGACCCAGUACCCCCGUCCCUUCCAGAAUCACACCCGGGCACCGGAGCCUCCACUGGCUCUGACGGCACGUCCCCUAAUGAUACUGGUUGGCCUACUGUAGGCAAGACCAGCACAUCUCUAAAGCCUCCUGAGAGACGAGACUCAGGGACUGAUAUCCAGGGCAAAAGCCCUCCCUCAGGCUCCCCCAUCACUCCAAGUGCAGAAAAGGUGCUAGAUUCCAAAAUGGCUGCAUCCUCCCCUGCCAUAUCCAAGCCGCAACCGCCCCCCUAUGGCUCCCACCUUACCUCUGCAAACUCUGCCAGCUCCUUGGAGCGCCGCAAGGAUGCACCUCCUCCUCGCCCACUCCCGAAUCCGCCAGCUCCUGCUUGGCCUCGAGUCCCGCCCGCCACAGGCUCAUCCUCCCAGCAGAUCCAGCAGAGAAUCUCAGUGCCACCAAGUCCCACUUUCCAGCCUAAUGCACCGCUUUUCCCCCCGGGGCUGAAUGAGCGACUUGACCCCCCACCAGCUGUGGCAGUGCGCCCCUUCAUUCCAGACAGAGGAUCACGGCCUCAGUCACCCCGAAAGGGCCCACCUACCAUGAACUCCAGCUCCAUCUAUCACAUGUACCUCCAACAGGCAGCGCCAAAGAGCCAGCCACUCAAGCCGGCUCUCAAAGCAGUGUAUGGGAAGCCUGUUCUCCCUGCCAGCUCGACACCACCUUCCCCCUUGCCUUUUGUCCAAGGGGGAGGGGCCUUCCCAUUGCUCCAAGGCCAGCCCAGUGGUGAGGACACUUUUGACGGAGAAUUUGAAGAUCACGAGUGCUUUCAGCACCCAGAGCCCUUAGCGCCUCCGCCCAGUGUGGAGAACAUCCCACGACCGCUCAGCCCUACAAAGCUAACUCCUAUGGUACACUCCCCGCUGCGCUACCAAAGUGAUGCAGAUCUUGAGGUGCUCCGUAAAAAGCUGGCCAACGCUCCAAGACCACUCAAGAAGCGCAGCUCAAUCACAGAACCGGAAGGCCCCAGUGGACCCAACAUCCAGAAACUGCUCUACCAGAGAUUCAACACUCUAGCAGGAGGCAUUGAGGGAAAUGGAGUCAGUGGGUCAGGAGGUGGAAACACUACAGGUAAUGGAACACCAUUUUAUCAGCCAGCUAAUCCUCCUGGAUAUCUGGGAAGCGACUCCGUGGCUGAUACAGACAAUGGCAACCUCCCCUCCGAGACGCUGCUACCCCCACCUCCAGGGGGUGAGGAGCCGGGCUCUGAGGCUUCACCUCCAUCUACUGAUGCCAAUGACAACGAGCCGCUGCCCUUGCCACCAGAGGGUCUGGGAGAACCCGCUGAAGCCGAGGAACCAGAGGAAGACGACAACAACAAUAAUGUGGGAGGCUCUGAGGCGUCACUGCCCAGCCCUGCGACAGAGGUCACCACCCCAGAAGAGAGCGGCACAGCAGUCUCACAGCCCCUGGAGAAGCGAACAAACCUGAAGAAGCCAAACUCUGAGCGCACAGGCCACGGCUUCAGGGUGAAGUUCAACCCUCUGGCCCUCUUGCUUGAUGCCUCAUUGGAGGGAGAGUUUGACCUCGUCCAAAGGAUCAUCUAUGAGGUCGAGAAUCCCAGCACUCCCAAUGAUGAGGGCAUCACACCCCUACACAAUGCAGUGUGUGCAGGACAUCACCACAUAGUCAAGUUCUUGCUGGAUUUUGGUGUAAAUGUGAAUGCUGCAGACAGUGAUGGAUGGACUCCGCUUCACUGCGCCGCCUCCUGCAACAGUGUGCAUCUCUGCAAGCUGUUGGUUGAGUCAGGGGCCGCCAUUUUUGCCAGCACAAUAAGUGACGUGGAGACUGCUGCAGAUAAAUGUGAGGAAAUGGAGGAGGGCUACAUCCAGUGCUCCCAGUUUCUAUACGGCGUUCAAGAGAAGUUGGGUGUAAUGAACAAGGGGACCGUGUACGCUCUGUGGGAUUACAAAGCUCAGAACCCGGACGAGCUGGCGUUCAGCGAGGGGGACGCCAUCACAAUUCUACGACGACAGGACGACAGUGAGACAGAGUGGUGGUGGGCACGGCUUGAAGACAACGAGGGUUACGUGCCCCGCAACCUGCUAGGACUCUAUCCAAGGAUCAAGCCUCGUCAGCGCUCCCUGGCGUAAUGUGUCACGCCGUUGACCUCUGGCCAGCAGCUGGACAAAACCAAGAGCAGAGAACAAAGGAGCCUGGUGCUCUGUCUUCUCCCUGUGGCCAUAGCCUCCCUCAGACUUUUCACAAAAUCCUUUUCCUCUGAAGCAGUGGGCACUGAACUCUGACACACACAUAUUAACAUCCGCACACACAUAGACACACACACACACAUAAUGACACACAAGCGCUCCAACUGUGAAAAUCUCUUGAAACCACUCCAUCCUGAUGCCCCACCCCCACCACACACACACACACACACACACACACACACACACCUUUCAUCCUGUUGCUCUGUCGUUGCCCCAACCUUUUUGAUUUUAUCCCAAUUCAGUGUCAGCUCUGUAUCAGACAUCAACCUGGAGAAUAAAACACUAAUCCUUGUCUCAGUAUUUUUUGCAGUGUUCACACUUCUUCAGCCGUAAUAUGUUUUAUGGUGGCACUGAUUUACAUGACACUAUACUGUAUGAUGACUGGAAAAUCAUCUCUAAUGGUGAGAAGUUGCUGAUUUUUGUCAGUGAAAUGUAAUUUGAGCUGUAAGACAUUACAUGUUUUUUUGUAUUAUGCUAAUUUGCCCCCUCGCACGAAAAAAAAACAACUCUUUAAUGCAGAAAAAUGUGCUCCGUGUUUGAUUUUGGAGUAGUCUAACCACCAAAGAUGAGUAUAGAUUUAACUCCCUGAGAGAGAGUCUGAGAGAUAAUCAGUUUAUUUGCUGUUAAUGAGCGAUAAUGAUUGACAGCUUCUAGAAGUUGAUUUAAAAGUUCUUCCAGAUACUCUCCUGCUGCAGAAAAUGGAUUUAAGAGUGGAAGGCAGAAAACGUAAUUUGUCAGUAUCAAGUACCCAGGCCAGUCAGUAUCAGUCUAACUUAUUAAUGUAAAGAUGAAUAUGGGUUGACAGCUCACACAUUGUCAUGAGUGGCAUUUCAUGAACAUCCUUUCAAGACGUGUGUUUCCAUUCAGUGUCAUCUGUGCAGAAUGUGGAUGCAGGACUGCUGUGUGGGAUGUGUGACAAGAGCAUCAAUAAACUUUAACCACCUACCAAUUAUAAGUGAGGCUUCAGACAAUAAACCUUGGAAUUUCAAGAUGUAUCGAUGUAUCAGAGUUUGUAUUUUGAUUAUCCCUAACAAUGAACUGCUUGCUUGCUGCCAAAGAUGGUGAAAUUGGUAACAAAGCAUUUUACUCUACCAGAAAAGACUGACAAAUUGACCAACUGCAUUACGUGCGGUACAACCUACAUACUGUAGGUUGUGUGCAAAGAUCACAAACAUAAAAGAUCUCCAAAAAAGAGCUGUUGUUUUUUUUUUAAAAAAAAAAAAUAGUUAAAAAUGCCUGUAUUUUCAUGGCAUGGUUGUGACUUAAAACAAACUCCAACAUGUCCCUGACGAAGCGAGCGAGAACGAGCUCCACAGAGGCACAAAGAUGUCCGUUAUCAAUGAUGUGAUUGUGUCAGUUUUGCGAUUUUCUUAAACAUUUACAUUGUGUCUGCUGUUUUUAGUCCAGGCAUUCAUGAUCAGUUGGACCUCACUUUAGAGAUCCGCCUGAUGAGAUUUUUUGCUUUUGUUACGAUUAAACAUGAAAACACGACAAGAAGCAGGAUCUCUACAUAUGAAAACUCAAAUACAUUAACUAUAUUAUUAAUGGUAUCCAGACUCUGCACAUCAAAAAAAAAAAAAAACAGCCCUGAAAUCAUCACCCAGAUCAUCUUAUCUUAAA